AUGGAGAUUUCUACAGCUGACCCUCGUAACCUUAGGAUUGGGACCGGUCCCGGUAUCCGAGGAAAGACAUGCGACAUUUGCAUGGAGGCCCUGAGAGAUGACCAUGCCAGUAUUUCCCAUGUUGCCUGUCAGAACACAUUCCACAAAACCUGUUUUGACGCCUGGGCGCGUUGCAACUUUAGCCAGUCUGUUCCUAUCACAUGUCCCAAAUGCCGAGCAACACUGAGCUCUCCAGCUCCACUUCCAUUACCAAACCCGCUAGCUGGAUCUCUGUUCUAUGCUGAGGCUCCCUGGCCUAUAUAUCCUCAAGAAGUCCGGUCUUUUUCUGAACGAUGUCUAGCGACCACAGAGUCAGAGAUGUACGACUAUUUCGUUGGGGCUGGAUUUCCAACUACUGCGUUUCUCGACCGAGUCGGAAGGGAUAAUGAACGAGCAUCUGCGUGGAUAGCUGACUAUUUCAUCCGGCUAAGUUGCGCCCAAAACCUCAACGACAAUGAAGCUUUUGCUCGUGUAGCAAGAGCCGGCGACAACGCCCGUGAAGUUCGGUUUACCGAAGAGGGAGUGGAUACAUUUCUCGAGGAGGUUGGGCCCGGUGAAGUGGCGACUGAUCGUGAGAUCAUCGACAGUAUGGGGACUCGAAGACCUCGACCGUCUGUUGCUCGUUUCUUCGACAACAACCCCGGCCCUGCUUAUCGAUGGCUGACCUCUAACAUGGCUCAUACGCAGCGUGAGCUCGGUCUUGAUAUUGAUCAGAUGAAUGUGGUCAAGAGAGCGUUCCUCGCUUCGGUGCGCCAAGCACUUCAAGCAAGACAGCAAAAUGCUUGA